ACUCUACUCUGAAGCUCGAAAGCGGUUCAUCUGUUCUCGCAACACCUUGGGGCUUCCACUAAUGGCGAUUAUAACAGAAGAACCAGAAGAGAAGGAAGAACCAAGGCCCUUGCAGAAGAAGCAAAAACCUUCCUCAUCUUCAAAACCAGGUACGGGUGGUAACGAUUCUCCCACUGCAAACGCAUUCCUCUUCUGGGCUUAUUUCACUCUCGGUGUUUCUCUCAUCACUCUCGUCUUCGUAUUUCUCUCUUCACUAACUCCACAGAACGAUAAAUCAUGGUUUUUAAGCUUACCCGACGAUUUGCGCUUUCAUUAUUCCAAGGGUAGAACAAUUAAAGUCCAGGUGAACCCAAAUCGGUCUCCUAUUGAAGUUUUUGCAAUAGAAGACGGUCCCAGAGGUGGAGAAGCCGUAUUAAUUGUCCAUGGAUUAGGUUGUAGCUCGUAUUCUUUCCGCGAAGUGGUUCGGUCCUUGGGCUCCAGUGGAAUUUAUGCUGUUGCGAUCGAUCUCCCAGGUUCUGGUUUCUCUGAUAAGUCUGCAUUGGAGGAGGAUGAAAGAUGGACUGGGGUGUUGGGUAGGUUCUGGGAUGUUUAUAGUGAUAUUAAGGAGAAGGGUUUGUUUUGGGGAUUCGAUCAGCUCGUCGAAACAGGGCAAAUUCCUUAUGAAGAAAAUAAAAUCAGGGUUUCCACAAGGAAGAGUAUUAAACCCUUGCAGUUGAGAUCUGAGAAAAUGGGUCGAAUCAUAGGGCAAGUGAUCGAUGCGAUGGGUCUCGCUCCUGUGCACUUGGUUUUGCACGAUUCAGCUGUGGGGAUGACUGCCGGUUGGGUUAUGGAGAAUUCAGGAUCAGUGAGUAGCCUAACUCUUGUUGAUUCUGCUGCAAAGUCCAUAGCUUUGCCGUUGUGGGCACUAGAAAUGCCGGUUAUCAGAGAGUUUGUAUUGGGGUUUUCAUUUACUUAUUUGGGAUUUCUAAGAUUGUGUUGCUCAAGAUCAAUUAAUUCAUCAGCUGCAGAAGCUCAUAGGGUUCUUUUGAAGGGUAGGGAUGGUAGGAGAGCAGUUGUUGGAACAGGGAAAGCUCUGAAUUACAGCUUCAAUCUGGGUGAAUGGGCCAGUUCAGAGGCAGUAAAGGGUGUACCACUUCAAGUGCUUUGGUCUAGCCGUUGGUCUGAAGCAUGGAGUGAAGAGGGACGUCAUGUUGCUGAUACUCUUCCGGAGGUGACAUUUGUCCGGCAUUCUGGUGGGCGGUGGCCUCAGGAGGAUGCAGCAGAUGAAAUAGCUGAUAUUAUUGUCCAGUUCAUACACUCGUUGCCCAAAUCCAUCAGACAAGUUGAGCAAGAGCCCAUUCCUGAGCAUAUUCAAAAGAUGCUUGAUGAAGCAAAACGUAGUGGUCAUGAACAUCAUCAUGGCCAUGGUGGACAUGACCACCAUGAGAAUCAUGAUCAUGUUCAUGCUGGCUACAUGGAUGCUUAUGGUCUAGGUCAUGGCUGGGGAAGUUGAUCAAUAGUUUUCAGUUUGCAAGUGGAUGGAAAACUGGAUUUAAGAUCUCUAGCUAUGUAUGCUGAUGGCGAAGCUGCUAGGUGACACUUCCCUUUUAUCAAUUUGAAUGCAAAGCUUGUCUCCUUGAAGGCUUCUUUUUUUUCUUUUCUUUUUUUUUUUUUUUGGAAGAUAUGGUACUCCUAUGGAUCUUCAGAGCUAUAGUUGGGUAGGUUUCAUUUUUUCAGAGGUUAUUAAGCUAGUCAUUUGUAGCAUGUAGCUCAUUUCUCUUCUCUUUAUUCUCUUUCUUGCAAGUUAUUUAAUAGUUGAACUUUGAAAAGAAAAUUACAAAGAUUGGCUUGUUCUGCCUUCUAAUA